GAUGUUAACUAUUUUAAAGUAGAAUGUUCAAUUUGAAAUUAAUGGACUUGACUUUUUGUUAAAUCUGAAGGAGUUAGAUGCAAUUUAACUUAAAAAUUAUUUUGAUUCCUUCCUUCAUAGUCUCUCUCGAAAACCAACAGCCAAAGAAUUUCCGGAGAUUAAAGGGGGAGAGAGUCGGAGAAGUGAGGAGGCAGAGAGACACCAAGUCUCCUAGAAAUGCGGAGCCUAUCGUUGGGUACUUCAGUUACAGUUUCUCCCACAACUACAACAACUUCCUCAAAACCCUCUCUUUCUCCUCUCGUUCUUUUAAAAAAACAACCACCCUUUUUUCCUCCUUCCAGGGCUUCGCAUGACUCAUCUCUUUCCAAAUUAGGAGCAUGCAAAGCUACUCAAGUUGUUGAUCUCUUUCCAACUGUGUCUCCUGAGAUUUUUGUUCGGGAGGCACGGUUAGAGGAUUGUUGGGAAGUGGCUGAGACUCACUGUAGCUCAUUCUUUCCUGAAUAUUCGUUCCCUUUGGAUUUUGUACUGCGAGUUGACAGAUUGGUGGCAAUGCUGUCAGGAAUCUCUGCUCCACGUGGUUGCAGGAGAACUUGUUUGGUUGCUGUAAUUGGUGGUUCAGUUGAUGAUACAUUGUUAUUUGGAAGUGAUGAUUUCGAAAUUGGAGGUUUUGAUGGGAAAUUUAGUCUUAAUAGAGGUUAUGUGACUGGUAUUUUAACUGUGGAUACUGUUGCUGAUUUUCUUCCUAGAAAAGGACCACUCCGCCAGAGAAGGACUGGAAUUGCAUACAUAUCAAAUGUUGCAGUUCGAGAGAGAUAUCGUCGGAAGGGAAUAGCUAAAAGGCUCAUAGCCAAGGCAGAAGCUCAAGCGAGGAGAUGGGGCUGCCGUGCCAUUGCUUUGCACUGUGAUUUGAACAACCCUGGGGCCACAAAACUGUAUAAAGGCCAGGGUUUCCGAAUCAUUAAGGUGCCAGAGGGAGCAAACUGGCCACAGCCCAAUACCUCGCCAGAUGUUAGGUUCAACUUCAUGAUGAAGCUUUUAAACACCCCUACCACCGCAUAAAUUCUUCACAAAAAAAAAAAAAAAAA